CUGGCCACGCCCCCUCCUCCUCGUGACCUCACUCCCGCGCAGCUCCGCUAGGGUAGAGGCUGGAGUUGCUCGCUCGUUAGGGUCCCGCGGCUAGCAUCUCCGAGGCCCCGCUUCAGCCACUACUGGAAGGGGUCGAGCGGCACGGCGACAGAGUGCACGCCGCGCGAGCUCAAGAGCAGCGGACAGAGGCGAGUGCGCGACCCAAGGCGGACGCACAGCUCUUUGGGGGAGGUCCUCGGGGCCCUCGGAGUGCGGCGCAGGCAUUGCUUCAUCAUGAGGAAUCUAAAGUUACUUCGGAGCCUGGAGUUCAGGGAUAUUCAGGCUCAAGGGAAACCACAGUGCCUCUCUCUCCGAGCCGAGCAGGCGACAGUGCUCAUCGGCUCAGAACAUGGACUGGUAGAGGUAGACCCUGUCACGAGAGAGGUGAAAAAUGAAAUUCCUCUGGUGGCAGAAGGCUUUCUCCCAGAGGAUGGAAGUGGCUGCAUUGUUGGUAUUCAGGACUUGCUGGAUCAGGAGUCUGUGUGUGUGGCCACAGCCUCUGGAGAUGUCCUGCUUUGUAAUCUCAGCACACACCAGCUGGAAUGUGUCGGGAGUGUAGCCAGUGGUAUCUCUGUCAUGAGUUGGAGUCCUGACCAAGAGCUGGUGCUGCUUGCCACAGGUCAGCAGACCCUAAUUAUGAUGACGAAAGACUUUGAACCAAUCAUGGAACAGCAAAUCCACCAGGAUGAUUUUGGUAAAAGCAAGUUCGUCACUGUUGGUUGGGGCAGGAAGGAGACGCAGUUCCAUGGAUCUGAAGGCAGGCAAGCAGCUUUUCAGAUACAAAUGCACGAAUCUGCUUUGCCCUGGGAUGACCAUAGACCUCAAGUUACCUGGCGUGGUGAUGGGCAGUUUUUUGCUGUGAGUGUUGUUUGUCCAGAGACAGGGGCUCGAAAGGUCAGAGUGUGGAGCCGGGAGUUCGCUUUGCAGUCAACCAGUGAGCCUGUGGCUGGGCUGGGACCUGCUCUGGCUUGGAAGCCCUCAGGGAGUUUGAUCGCAUCUACGCAAGAUAAACCCAAUCAACAGGAUGUUGUGUUUUUUGAGAAAAAUGGACUUCUCCAUGGACAGUUUACACUUCCUUUCUUCAAAGAUGAGGUUAAGGUUAAUGGCCUUUUCUGGAAUGCAGAUUCCACUGUGCUAGCAGUUUGGCUGGAAGAACUUCAGAGGGAAGAAAAUUCAUCUCUAAAAACCUAUGUUCAGCUCUGGACUGUUGGAAACUAUCACUGGUAUCUCAAGCAAAGUCUGCCCUUCGACACCUGCGGGAAGAGCAAGAUCGUGUCUCUCCUGUGGGACCCAGUCAGCCCAUACCGGCUGCACAUUCUCUGUCAAGGCUGGCAUUACCUCUGCUAUGACUGGCACUGGACGACUGACCGGAGCUCGGGAGAUAAUUUGAGUGACAUGGCAAAUGUGGCUGUUAUCGAUGGAAACCGGGUGCUGGUGACGGUCUUCCGGCAGAGUGUGGUUCCGCCUCCCAUGUGCACCUACCGGCUGCAGCUCCCACACUUUGUAAAUCAGGUCAUGUUCUCGGCACGCCCUGAAAAGAGUAACGACCUCGCUGUCCUAGAUGCCACGAACCAGAUUUCUGUUUAUAAAUGUGGUGAUAGUCCAAGUGUAGACUCUACAGUGAAACUGGGAGCUGUGGGUGGAAAUGGAUUUAAAAUUUCCCUUAGAACGCCUCAUCUGGACAAAAGAUACAAAAUUCCGAUUGAGGACAGUGAAGCUGAAGAAGUAAACCCACUGAAGUUCAGCCUGCUCGCCUGGGUUCAGGAAGACAUUUUCCUGGCCGUGAGCCACAGUCAGUCCGGCCCCCAGUCUGCCAUUCACCAUCUGACUGUAGCCCCUUCUGAGACGGACGACAAGCAGGGACAGCUCAAUAUCAGUUCAUCUGUGACAGUGGACGGGGUUAUAAUCAGUCUGUGUUGCAACCCCAAAACCAAGUCAGUAGCCCUGCAGGUGGCUGGUGGCCAGAUAUUUAAGUACCUUUGGGAGUCACCCUCUCUGGCUGUUGAACCGUGGAAGAACCCUGGUGGAUUUCCUGUUCGGUUUCCUUAUCUGUGCACGCAGACUGAACUGGCCAUGAUUGGAGGAGAGGAAUGUAUCCUUGGUCUGACUGACAGAUGUCGCUUUUUCAUCAAUGACACUGAGGUUGCAUCAAAUAUCACUUCAUUUGCUGUAUAUGAUGAGUUUUUAUUGGUGACGACUCAUUCUCAUAUCUGCCAGUGCUUUUGCCUGAGAGAUGCUUCAUUGAAAACAUUGCAGGCAGGUCUGAGCAGCAGCUACGUGCCUAAUGGCGAGUCUCUACGGAAGGUGGAGAGAGGUUCACGCAUUGUCACUGUUGUGCCUCAAGACACAAAGCUUAUAUUACAGAUGCCAAGGGGAAACUUAGAGGUUGUUCAUCAUCGAGCCCUGGUUUUAGCUCAGAUUCGAAAGUGGUUGGACAAACUUAUGUUUAAAGAAGCAUUUGAAUGCAUGAGAAAACUGAGAAUUAAUCUCAAUCUGAUUCACGAUCACAACCCUAAGGUGUUUCUUGAAAAUGUGGAAACCUUCAUAAGACAGAUAGACUCUGUGAAUCAUAUUAAUUUAUUUUUCACAGAAUUGAAGGAAGAAGAUGUUACAAAGACCAUGUAUCCUCCACCAGUCCCGAGCACUGUUCCACGGCCCAGCGAUCCUGAUGAGAAGAAAGUAGACCUCAUCUGCGAUGCUAUGAGAGCAGCCAUGGAGAACAUAAACCCUCGCAAGUACUGCCUGUCAAUACUCACCUCUCACGUGAAGAAAACUACCCCAGAGCUGGAGAUGGCACUGCAGAAGGUACACGAACUCCAAGGAAAUGCUCCACCAGUCCCUGAUGCUGUGAGCGCCGAGGAGGCCCUAAAGUAUUUGCUGCUUCUGGUAGAUGUCAAUGAGCUAUAUGACCAUUCUCUUGGGACCUAUGACUUUGAUUUGGUCCUCAUGGUAGCUGAGAAGUCACAGAAGGAUCCCAAAGAAUAUCUUCCAUUUCUGAAUACACUUAAGAAAAUGGAAACGAACUAUCAGCGGUUCACUAUAGAUAAAUACUUGAAACGAUAUGAGAAGGCCAUUGGCCACCUAAGCAAAUGUGGACCGGAGUACUUCCCAGAAUGCUUAAACUUAAUAAAAGAUAAAAACUUGUAUAACGAAGCUCUGAAGCUCUACCCACCGAACUCGCAGCAGUACCAGGACAUCAGCAUUGCUUACGGGGAACACCUGCUGCGGGAGCACCUCCAUGAGCCGGCAGGUCUCCUGUUCGCCCGCUGCGGUGCUCACGAGAAAGCUCUCAGCGCCUUUCUGGCCUGUGGCAGCUGGCAGCAAGCGCUGUGUGCAGCGGCGCAGCUUCACUUGCCCGCAGAGCAGCUGGCUGGCCUGGGCAGGACUCUGGCAGGAAAGCUAGUUGAGCAGAGGAAACACAGUGAUGCGGCCACAGUUUUGGAACAGUACGCUCAGGACCAUGAAGAAGCUGUGCUCGUGCUGCUAGAGGGAGCUGCCUGGGAAGAAGCUCUGAGACUGGUACACAAAUAUAACAGACCAGAUAUUAUAGAAACCAACAUAAAGCCUUCCAUUCUAGAAGCCCAGAAAAAUUAUAUGGCAUUUCUGGACUCUCAGACAGCCACAUUCAGUCGCCAUAAAAAACGUCUACUGGUGGUACGAGAGCUGAAGGAGCAGGCCCAGCAGGUGAACCUGGAUGAUGAAGCACCCCACGGUCAAGAGUCAGAUCUCUUCUCUGAAACCAGCAGUGUCAUGAGUGGCAGAUACUCUCAUAGUAACUCUAGGAUAUCAGCGCGAUCAUCUAAGAAUCGGCGCAAAGCGGAGCGGAAGAAGCACAGCCUCAAGGAGGGGAGUCCGCUGGAGGAUGUGGCCCUUUUGGAGGCACUGAGUGAAGUGGUGCAGGGGACUGAGAAAUUGAAAGAUGAAAUAGGCCAUAUUUUAAAGAUGCUCUUUCUCUUUGAGUUUGAUGAGCAAGGAAGGGAGUUACAGAAGGCCUUUGAAGAUACUCUGCUGUUAAUGGAAAGGUCACUUCCAGAAAUUUGGACUCUCACCCCCCAGCAGAGUUCAGCUACACCUGUUCUAGGUCCCAAUUCUACUGCAAAUAGUAUCAUGGCCUCUUACCAACAACAGAAGACUUCAGUUCCUGUUCUUGAUGCUGAGCUUUUUAUGCCACCAAAGAUCAACAGAAGAACCCAGUGGAAACUGAGCCUUCUAGACUGACCGUGACCUCAGCUAGAGGCUCUGGCAGAGAAAGCUGUCUUCCUUCUGCUCCUCACUCCUCGAGGCCUGGCUGUGGGAACUGGGAAGAGAAGACCAUCUGCCUUAGCCUUGAGGAGAUCUGCUCUGUACAGCGGACCUCGGCAGACACAAAUUCUGUUUUAUUUUGCAUGUAAUUGUAAUCAUUAGCAAGACUGUAAGCUUCAACCAAUAGAGCAUCAUUUUGUAAAAGUUACUGUUCUUUUACUCAGUGCUGGUUGAGAGCAUAUUUCUGGUAUUUAUGGUAAUGAGGACAUUGGGUUUGGUUCGUAGCCACGGAUCUGAAUCAUAUUGGGACCACAAAUAAAUCAUAGAAUUGAUUUGUGCCUCAGUUAAUUGGGAAUAAUAUUUCGUGGCUUCUAUCUCAAGUGUGAAGAAAAGUAAAAUAAUGUUUUAAAAUUGUUUUAUGUUCCUUGAGGAAAGCAUUAUGUAUAAACAACAUGGCUAUUAGUGGUCUCAACAUUUGGUCAGAUUCAAUCAUUUAAAUGACUUCUUCACCUUGGAUUAAGCAGAAUGAAAAUCGAAAUCUAUUCUUGAAUGUUCUGAGAUUUCCUAUGUUGACAGUAAUAUCUUACCAGGUGAUACGCUUCCAGUUACAACCAGUUUGAGCCUCCCGUCACUACACUGUCCACAGGGACUGAUUUUACUGCCUGUGAAUGUUCUGCUAGAAUUAGCAGUGUCAGAACUGGAACAGUCUAGGAUUUCUGAAACAGUAUUGUGCACGUUUGGGAUGGUGAGCAGCAUGCAUCAGAUGGCAUGCACAGGAGUGAGUUACUCCUUUUCCUCCAAAUGUUGCUUCUUUUAACAGUGUUUUUGUCAGUGUCUAGGCCAUUUCAUUUAUUUUUCUUUAUGGUGCUUAACUGACUUCUGUCUUUUAGUUAUUUUCUUUGGAAGAAAUGGAGUUGUUUUCCCUUUUCAGUGAGUCUAGAAAAAGCUUAAUUCAUUUUGACAACAACCGUUUUGUUGCUGAGUUCUUGGGUAAGGCUAACAGUCUCUUCCAUGCUUUUAAUAUCAGAACCAGACUUGUAUUUCUCUGUGUAAGCUAACAGUAAGUGCUGCUUUUGAUCCUCAGAGUGUGGACAUACCCAGAACUGUGUAACCAAAUAAAUCUUUCCCUAAUAUAGUGAAAUGUAAACUGCAGAAUCUAGGUGCGUUCACUGUAUAAUUCAGUUUUUUGUUUGUCUGAAAAUGUUCACAAAAUAAUAGAAAAAGAAGAUCUGUAAUUAAGUGCACAACAUCGAGAGGCUGCAAGUGCUUUGUGACUACCCACAUGACAUUUUAAUAUAGUGUUCUUGCUAUAGAUAAUAGUAGAGGGAUCCAUGCUGAUAGAAGUGAACAUGUCUUGAUAAUGGCGUGACUUUGCAUGGAAAUUCACUUUCCUUAAAAUAAUGAAGCAGCAAAAAAUAA